AGAAAAGUGGCAGGAAACUAUAAUUUCAUCUUCUUGGACAAAGAUAACAUGCUAUAUGAAAUAAAUAAGCUAAGUACUGAAGAUAAACUGUUGCUUACUUCAAAAAUCUUUCGCCCAGGAAAGGAAAGUAUGAAAACUGACAUCUUGUCUUGUAGUCAAACAUACAAGAAUCUACCUGCUAUGUUCAAUGUGACACCUCAUACAAGGAAUCAGGCCAGAAACUCAAUUUUGCAUGGGCAAUCAAUGCCCUUAGCCACGAAAGUGUCAGACCAGUUCAUAAGGCAGUAACCCAAGAUCAGCUUUAUUCUAUUUUACAACCCUCUUUUUUAAGCCUAUUGAUGUUUGCUACAAAUCUCUUGGUGUACUCUGUGACAUGUAGUAAACUUGCCCUUAAUAUCCAUAGUAAGAUCCACCCUGCUGGAGGAAACACCACCGUCAAAACCUGGCUAAAUAGCUUAAUAAUGAAAGUCCCUCCAGUUCCCUCUGGUGAUAUUCUGACAGCUAUUGACAAUGACCAGGUGCUUAUCAGGAAGUGGACCGUGCUCAUAAGUGUCUGUGUGGCACCUGUUUAUCCCAAUGGAACAUUGCAGUUGGAUUCAAAUCUUGCUCCAGGGUAAGAAACACAUUUUAAAAAAAUGGUCAAAUAGUUAUUGAAUACACAAGAAUUUGUUUCGUUUAGUGAGCACAAUCUUGGACAAGUCAUUCCCUUCCUGAAAAUGUUACCAGCAUAUUUGAAGGUCAUGUACAUGUAAUCAAUUAAAAUGUGCGUACAUUACCAUAUUAAGUUACAGUAAAUUUGAUAGACUAUAUCUUUCAGUUUUUUUUCCUCUUUUAUUUUUAUAAUGUAUUUAACUAUUAUUCCAUGAGGUUAAGCAUGAUAGAGAGAGGCUUGUGUUAUCAGCCAAAGCCUGAGGCAGAUAACACAAACCGAGGCACUGAUAAUUCUCACUAUCAAGCAAAAAUCAAAUUCAAUAAUUAUUGUUCUAUUUUGCAUAAACUUGUAAAACAAGAGUAAAUACAAGAAACUAAAAUUGUAGGUCAACUUGUAAACAACUUAAAAGGUAAGCUUAAAACCUAAAUGUUGCAGCACACUCCAAAAGUUCCCUACAAAAUGAGGUAACAAAACAGUGCCAGCGGUAAUUAACUGCGUUUUUUAAGCCAAUCAAAAUUGAGGUAGUGACACCAAGUAUUACUAAUUUGGUUCUCUCUUUUAGAGCACGGUACAGCCACAUUGAGCAAGCUCAGACACGUCAAGACGAGCGGGAAAAGUUGGCACAGGCAUUUUCAGAUUCAGAACCUGAUAAUGAAAUAAUCCGCCAUGAGGUCAUUAUACAUUUGAAAUUACAGGUGUACAAGAAAGGUCGUCUUCUUGUGGAUGUAGUUAACAACUAGGAAAACAAACACUAGGAGAAAAAAACAUUGUACAAAUUUGAGUCUUAGCCAGCAAAUUAUGGAUUAUACUAUGGUUGUUUUAGGACAAGCCUACUUUUGUGAGCAUGUGUGAGAACAUUCUUCUAAAUGAAAGGCCUCCCAUCUCUGAGUUAACAAGCAAUUACAUCCAUGUACAGCUAACGUGUUGACUAAUUUUAUACCUAAAAACUGGUUAUGUAAACUUUUCCCUAUUUAGAAAAGAAAUAAAAAAUAAACUGUACGUCAAAUGCUGAAUUUGAAUUUCUUAAGUGGAUGUGGCUUCUCAUGAAUGAGUAUUGUUACAAUAUAACAAUUAAAGUCAUGAGGGAGAAGGGUGAAAACCAAUGUAAAUAAGAUAACUUUAAAGUUAUUCCAUUUGAAAAAAGCAUUUAGUCUUUAUUUAGCGAUCAAGAUCUGAGUUCACAAAAUAUGUUCAGUUACCAUAUUUACUGGAAUAAGCGCCCAUCUUUGAGGUAAAAAAAUUUAUAAAUUGCCAUAGCUUUGAGUUUCCCUCUCUCAGUAAUCAUCAUCAUCAUAAUCUAUUACCAAGUAACCAUUAGCAGUGUUUACUUUGACAACACUUAUUUACACGCCAUUAUUGAACUCUUCUAUGAUCUUAUUCUGCAUUGGAUAAAGGGAUACCUGUGAUCAUGCUGCCUCUUCCUGGACCUCUCUGAGGAUGGUUCAGCAUGUAGCAAGAAACAUCUUCGUUCCCUACACCUUUGUCAAAGCGUACAUGCGAUGGCAUGCCAUAUUCAUUGACUGCUUUUUCAAAUACGUGAAAUACCGUUGA